AUGAAGUCUCAAAAGGGAAACAUGAAGAAGAAAAGUGCGAAUUCAGGGUUAGUCGCUGUAGCAGUUGAUAAAGAUAAAGGAAGCCAACGUGCUCUUAAAUGGGCAGCUGAUAAUCUUGUCUCCAAAGGGCAAACCAUUAUCCUCCUCCAUAUACAAUGCCUUGAUGUAACGGUUGAGGAUGACAACAUUGUCAAGUCCCUUGCGGAAUAUGUUACCAAUGGUGUGAUUGAGAAUUUGGUUCUUGGUGCCUCGUCAAGGCAUGGAUUCAUGAGAAAAUUCAAGAUGUCUGAUACACCGAGCAAUGUAGCGAAAGCAGCACCUGAUUUCUGUACAGUUUACGUCAUUUCAAAAGGGAAGGUAUCAUCUGUCCGUAAUGCCUCGCGUGCUGCUCCAUAUCGAUCACCGCUUAUGGGUCAGAUUGAAAAUCACUCUGCAAUCUCUAACUAUGAAAAAUUCAGGAACACCAUGAGCUUUAGAGAUAGGGGCCCGGGAAGGUCUUCGGUUUCUAGCUCCAUUGAAGAUUAUGGAAAGUCACCUAUGGCGAGGACAUCAAAUUACGCAAACUCAUUCUAUGAUUUGUCAGACUCGGAAAACGACAUUUCAUUUAUUUGCUCAGGCAGGCCAAGUACCACAAGCUCAGGCAGGCCAAGUACAAGCACUAAUGGAAGGUCUGACAUGUCUUUUGUGAGCUCAGGCAGGCCAAGUACAAGCACUACUGGAAGCCCUUCCUUCAUCUACGAGUUUCCUGAAUCUGGUUUAACCCCGAGAAUGUCCACGGGCUCUGGACAAAGCGUUGGCUCUAUGCGUCUAGGAAUCAGGUUUAACGACACCAAUAUCCAACAUGAAUACUCAUUCGUCUCACAAGAUAGCGGUCGCUCAUCUUGUUCUUGUUCACCACAAAAUUUGGAAGAAGUGGAAGCUGAGAUGCGGAAAUUGAAACAGGAACUGAAACACACAAUGGACAUGUAUAAUACAGCUUGCAGAGAAGCAAUAGCAGCACAGCAAGAGGCGAAGGAGCUCCAACGUAAGAAAAUGGAAGAGGAAGGAUGGGUGCAUGAAGGACAAUUAUCAGAGAAAUCUACAAAGUCGACAGUCGAAAAAGAGAGAGCAACCAAAGCUGUCAAGGAUGCUUCUCAAACAGCAACCAAGUUAGCAGAGCUUGAAACACAAAAAAGAGCCAUAGAAGCUGAAGCUUCUUUCUCUGAUUCCAGUUUAAGAUACCGGAGGUAUGUUAUUGGUGAGAUUGAAGAAGCCACAAACUCUUUCGACGAGGCUAAUAAGAUAGGCGAAGGCGGAUAUGGUCCCGUUUAUAAGGGUCACCUUGAUCAUACCCCUGUUGCUAUUAAGGUUUUGAGACCAGAUGCUGCUCAAGGAAGAUCUCAAUUUCAGAGAGAGGUGGAAGUUCUUAGCUGCAUAAGACAUCCGCAUAUGGUGCUACUUAUUGGAGCAUGUCCAGAGUAUGGAGUGCUUGUUUAUGAGUAUAUGGCCAAAGGGAGUUUAGCUGAUAGACUGCAUAGGCACGGAAGCGGGCCACCGCUCUCGUGGGAGCUCAGGUUUCGCAUUGCAGCCGAAGUUGCAACGGGUUUGCUCUUCCUUCACCAGACGAAACCCGAGCCUAUAGUGCACCGUGAUCUGAAACCCGGAAACAUUUUGAUUGACCAGAACUACGUGAGCAAAAUAGGGGAUGUUGGAUUAGCCAAACUAGUGCCUGCAGUUGCUGAAAACGNCACACAAUGCCACGUCACGUCAACCGCUGGGACUUUCUGUUACAUUGACCCGGAAUACCAACAAACCGGAAUGCUUGGUGUGAAAUCUGAUGUCUACUCCUUCGGUAUCUUGCUUCUCGAGCUGCUCACAGCGAAAAGGCCUACAGGUUUGUCUUUUACCAUUGAGCAAGCAGUGGAGCAAGGGAAAUUCAAGGAAAUGUUAGACCCAGCAGUGCCUAAUUGGCCGGUGGAACAAGCUUUGUCUUUGGCAAAGAUUGCACUUAAAUGCGCGCAACUGAGAAGGAAAGACCGACCAGACCUCGGAAAAGAGGUUUUACCAGAGCUCAAUAGACUGAGAGCUCUUGCAGAUGCGAAUAUGGAGUGGAUUAUGUUCAACUUUAGCAGAGGCCGUUCACCAAAUCAUAGCCAAACCAUCUUGCCACCGGUUGAUGAAAUGAGCGCAACCUCGGAUAGCUCUAAUACACAUUCAAGUACUUUAUCAGAAACAGAGAAGACCUCAGACCAAAAUGAAGAGGAUUAG